UCAUACCGAGUGCCUAUCAAACACGAGGAAGAAGAAAGCGACGCGCGCCCUGAACAAGGACUGUGCAUUGUUGGUGACCUGGAACACGAUCGUAAAGAAAUUCUAGUAAUAUGGCGACGCGCGCGCGCGGAAGUCGCAUCCUCAGGCCGCUGCUCUACACCACAGGCGCGGGUCUUGCAGGAGGAGCGGCGCUCUACUCCAUCUACCGUCCCCGCGACAUCCCCGGCCUCGAGGCUGCCCAAGUCCCACCUCCCACGUACGGCGAGGGCGGCGUGUUCCGCCCGCCCAAGUUCCCCAAUGCGAAGUCGAGGGAAGAUCAAAUCGCGGAUCUGAAGCGAAGCUCUGGCGUACUGUCCGGCGCUGCAAACAAGGUCAAAGGUGCCAUUGGCUGGGGUUCUGGCGGUGCGGGCACUGCAGAAGCCGCUGAGAAGAGUGCAGACGAACCAUACGAUCUGUUGGUCAUCGGAGGAGGCGCCACUGGCACGGGCAUCGCGCUCGACGCUGCGACGCGAGGCUUAAAGGUUGCACUUGUGGAGAGAGACGACUUCAGCAGUGGAACGAGCAGCAAGAGCACGAAGCUUGUGCACGGCGGUGUACGUUACUUGGAGAAGGCCGUGUGGAAUUUGGACUACAACCAGUACAAGCUUGUGGUCGAAGCACUCCGCGAACGACGCUACUUUUUGGAUACCGCCCCGCAUCUCUCGCAAUGGCUACCAAUCAUGAUUCCCAUUCAGAAGUGGUGGCAGGCUCCCUACUUCUGGGCCGGUACAAAGUUUUAUGACUUCUUGGCUGGUUCGGAGAACAUUGAGAGCUCAUAUUUCUUGACCAAAAGCAAGGCUCUGGACGCAUUCCCUAUGCUGAAGAAGGACAACCUUUUUGGUGCUUUGGUCUACUAUGACGGUGCACACAAUGACUCUCGGAUGAAUGUCUCCCUCGCCAUGACCGCGGCGUUGUACGGUGCGACCGUUGUAAGCCACAUGGAAGUUACCGGCCUCGAGAAAGACGCUUCUGGAAAACUUAACGGCGCUCGCGUCAAGGACUGCAUCGCUGAGCUAAACGGCAAGAAGGCCGAGGAAUUUACAAUCAGGGCAAAGGGUAUCAUUAACGCUACGGGACCUUUCACAGACUCCAUUCGCAAGCUCGAUGAGCCAUCUGUCGAGGAGAUUGUGGCGCCCAGCUCCGGUGUACACGUUAUUCUCCCCGGCUAUUUCAGCCCAGCAAACAUGGGAUUGAUUGAUCCGUCUACGUCUGACGGCAGAGUCAUCUUCUUCCUUCCCUGGCAAGGUAACACGAUCGCUGGUACGACUGAUUCCGCUACCACCGUCACAAGAGAUCCGGUCGCCGGUGAGGACGAGAUCGAUUGGAUCCUCAAGGAGAUUCGCCGCUACCUGCAACCCGACAUCGCUGUCCGCCGAGGCGAUGUUCUCGCCGCAUGGUCCGGCAUUCGUCCCCUCGUGCGCGACCCCAAAGCUGGCAAGACUGAAGGUCUUGUCCGCAACCACUUGGUCACUAUGUCUCCCUCUGGUCUCCUGACCUGCGCCGGUGGCAAAUGGACCACGUAUCGCGAGAUGGCAGAAGAGACUGUCGACGAAGCGAUCAAGGAGUUUGGCCUGACGGCCAAGCCCCUCACCAACGCCCCCCGUGUCAGCGGAACCGAAGUCCUCGACGAGGCUCCUCUAGAUGGCACUUGCCAGACGCACCGUGUUCGUCUGAUCGGCGCCCACGGCUACUCCAAGACUCUCUUCAUCAACCUCGUCCAGCAUUACGGCAUCGAGACCGAGAUCGCGAAGUACCUGUGCACUGCCUACGGUGACCGCGCUUGGACCGUUGCAUCGUUAUCCGCCCCUACCGAGCAGCGUUUCCCUGUCCGCGGCAAGCGAAUCUCCGAGCUGUACCCCUACAUUGAUGGCGAAGUGCGAUACUGUGUGCGUCACGAGUAUGCGCAGACCGCCACAGACGUUAUUGCCCGACGCAUGCGUCUUGCGUUCCUAAACGCGCAGGCUGCGCUCGAGGCACUGCCUGUGGUCAUCGACCUCAUGGCCGAGGAACUCAAGUGGGACUCCAAGCGGAAAGAGGCAGAGUGGAAAAAUUCGGUUGCGUACCUAGGCAGCAUGGGUCUACCGAAGAGCAAGCUGGCUUUGACCAGGAAGGAUGUCGAGGCUGGGCGUGUGGGCAAGUACGCAGAUGAGGAGUACCAUCUGUACGCGAGGCACGACAAGCCAGACGAGCUCCUCGAAUCGGACUCCAAGAUCCCGCCCGGGCACAACCCCGUCAUGGGCGAGAACUCCAAGGCGAACAAAUAGACUCGCUUCUCCUGCUGAGUUGUUCGAUUUAGCGCUCUACAUCUUAUCCUGCCGAUCUACGUACCUCGUCCUCUACUCAUCUCAUACGCCGCCUGUUAGAAUACCUUGUACAUAACCAAUUCUUCUCAUCCUGUCAGAUUCGGGCGUACUUCAACGGCAAUAUCUCGUUUUUCACUUCGUGCAGUCGUGAUUGCUCUUUUACUGUAACAAUGCUUUCUACGAAGUUCAAUAAAGAAGGCACCCGUUGACCUCUGGCGUGUGGCAGGUGCCACCAUUCUAGCGCAUAUAGCGCGUCAUCGCUCCCAAACAGUCUAUCGCUCUUACACUCAAUAAAUGG